UUUCUUUGCCCGCCUCUCCGCACUGACGCUGCCCGGGCGGGAGACGAGCCGGAGCUGGAGCCGGAGCCGGAGCCGCAGAGACGUGGAAACAUGGAGGCCUGAGCUGGCGUGCGCCACCCCCGCUGCGGCGGCGACCAGGGCUCGUCCUGUCCCCUCUGCCACCCGCUCGCCCGUCCGUGAGCAGGAAGCGGAUCUCCCCGCCUGCUGAGACAGGUUGUCUUGUGGAAAUGAAGGUUUAAGGACAAGUUAUCUACCAGAUUAGAAGAUGGGAUCGAACAGCAGCAGAAUUGGUGAUCUUCCUAAAAAUGAAUACUUAAAAAAGUUAUCAGGCACAGAAUCUGUCUCUGAGAAUGACCCGUUCUGGAAUCAGCUUCUCUCUUUUUCUUUCCCUACGCCAACUAGCAGUACCGAGUUGAAGCUCUUGGAGGAGGCCACCAUUUCAGUCUGCAGGUCUUUAGUUGAAAAUAAUCCUCGAACAGGAAACCUUGGUGCACUAAUUAAGGUCUUCCUUUCUAGAACCAAAGAACUGAAAGUUUCAGCAGAAUGUCAGAACCACAUCUUCAUUUGGCAGACACACAACGCUUUGUUUAUUAUUUGCUGUUUGCUGAAAGUGUUCAUUUGUGAGAUGUCAGAGGAAGAGCUACAGCUUCAUUUCACUUAUGAAGAAAAAUCUCCUGGCAGUUACAGUUCUGACUCAGAAGAUCUUUUGGAAGAAUUGCUCUGCUGUUUGAUGCAGUUAAUCACUGAUACUCCACUCCUUGAUAUUACAUAUGAAAUAUCAGUUGAAGCUGUGUCAACAAUGGUGGUUUUCCUUUCCUGCCAGCUCUUCCACAAGGAAGUUUUGCGGCAGAGCAUCAGUCACAAGUAUUUGAUGCAAGGUCGAUGUCUUCCGUACACCAGCAAGCUUGUGAAAACCUUACUGUACAACUUCAUCAGACAAGAAAAGCCGCCGCCUCCAGGAUCGCACGUUUUCCCUCAGCAGUCGGAUGGGGGAGGCCUGCUGUAUGGACUUGCAUCGGGAGUAGCAACUGGACUCUGGACUGUCUUCACACUGGGUGGCGUGGGCAACAAAGCGGCUGCCGCUCCAGAACUUUCUUCCCCGCUGGCCAAUCAGAGUCUCCUGCUUCUGCUGGUGCUGGCCAACCUGACCGAUGCUGCAGACGCCCCAAACCCCUACAGGCAGGCCAUCAUGUCCUUUAAGAAUACGCAAGAUACCAGUCCUUUCCCCUCAUCAAUUCCACAUGCUUUCCAGAUUAACUUUAACAGUUUGUACAUGGCCCUGUGUGAACAACAGACAUCUGAUCAAGCAACUCUCCUUUUAUAUACAUUGCUCCAUCAGAAUAGUAAUAUUAGAACAUACGUGUUGGCUCGCACAGAUAUGGAAAAUCUUGUUUUACCAAUUCUUGAGAUUCUGUAUCAUGUGGAAGAAAGAAAUUCACACUUACAGAUAUUAAAAAAUAUUACUUGGUAUUCAGAACGGGUUUUAACUGAAAUUUCACUGGGGAGCCUCCUGAUACUGGUUGUAAUAAGAACCAUUCAGUACAACAUGACCAGGACAAGAGACAAGUACCUGCACACAAAUUGUUUGGCAGCCUUAGCAAAUAUGUCGGCGCAGUUUCGUUCUCUCCAUCAGUACGCCGCCCAGAGGAUCAUCAGUUAUACCUGCCGCCACUUGCGGAGAUAUGUUUAUGUGUUGGACAAACUGUAUUUCCCCCACUCUCACUGUUCUACGCUUCAACAUUGCUUCUCGACCCUCAGUGACAAUGGAGAGGAACUCUUGUCUUUAACUUGCUCUCACAUUCUCAGAUCCUAUGCUUCCAGUUUGUUUUCCUUGCUGUCUAAAAAACACAACAAAGUUCUGGAACAAGCCACACAGUCCUUGAGAGGUUCGCUGAGUUCCAGUGAUGUUCCUCUACCAGAUUAUGCGCAGGACCUAAACGUCAUUGAAGAAGUGAUUCGAAUGAUGUUAGAAAUCAUCAACUCCUGCCUGACAAAUUCACUUCAUCACAACCCAAAUUUGGUGUAUGCACUUCUUUACAAACGAGAUCUCUUUGAGCAAUUUCGAACUCAUCCUUCCUUUCAGGAUAUAAUGCAAAAUAUUGAUCUGGUGAUCACCUUCUUCAGCUCAAGGUUGCUGCAAGCUGGAGCUGAGCUGUCAGUGGAGCGGGUCCUGGAAAUCAUCAAGCAAGGGGUCGUCGCGCUGCCCAAAGACAGGCUGAAGAAAUUUCCAGAACUGAAAUUCAAAUAUGUGGAAGAGGAGCAGCCUGAGGAGUUUUUUAUCCCCUAUGUCUGGUCCCUGGUGUACAACUCAGCCGUGGGCCUGUACUGGAACCCGCAGGACAUCCAGCUGUUCACGAUGGAUUCCGACUGAGGGCUGGACGCCAUCUCCCGCCCUCACCCCCUCCAGCCAAGCAGCCUUCCUAGUUAUUUGCUUUCUGGGAAACAGAGGUAGACAGAUUCCCUGGUGCAUCUUCUAUUAAAGAAGAUCACACAGGCAUGUUUCCCUUGCACAGUUGGGUUUGGAAAAUUGGUGCCAGUUGGCAAUAGAUCACUUAGUUUAGAUGAUAGUGCAAAAUGGGGGAGGGGGGUACACAACAAUAAUAAAUGUAAAAACCUGCUCUUUCACAUGCAAUUUUAUUUCUGAACCAAAAAUCUAGAGCUUUUCCAGGAACCUGAUGCCUUAGGCAUAUAACACUUGACCAGUACAUUCUUUCUUUCUUUUUUUUUUUUUUUUGUACAUUCAAGAUUUCUGUUUUGGUCUAGUGUAUGUGUGUGUGUGCGUGUUUCUUUCAACACUGAGAAAUAUCAGUCUGAAAAGAUGACAGGACAGGAGUUAGUAAGGAAAUGAAGUCGUGUGUGUGUGAUUGCCUUUCAGAGGGCCUGUGAUAUAAGGCCGGGCGGUUAGAUAUAAGCCUUUAGAUCCUCUGCAUCUUCCCCUCAAAGAAAGAAAUGGUUCCUUCUCAUGAAGCCCAGAUUAACUUUUCUGUGGAUUUGGCCUCUGAGCUGUAGCUGAAUUAAAUUGGAGUCUAGCACAAAUUAAGUUAAUCCACUCUGUAUUAAUCAUUGGGAAAAGAAAAGCUUCAUUUUGAAAGCAGUCUUUUUUCUUCAACCAGACUAAUAGGAGAAAAAGGAGACCAAUUUGAUUAAUACAGUAUUCCACAUGAGAUGAAAAACAUGUUUUUCCCUUCGUUUCUGACUUUGUUUAAACUCUUUGGGGCCUUUGGGAUCCACAGUUUGGUCCCUGAGCUGGAGGGAGGGGCUUCUCUGAGGGAAACGGCCGCCUGGGUCACCCUGAGCAGAGCAGUGAGCACCGAGGGCAGAGGCGGAUGGGCCUUUCCGGUCAGGCACUGGGUCCACGGCCUCUUCAUGGCCUAGUUUCAUUCUCAAAGACACAAAAACUCUCUGCUUUUCUGCAUAGAAAGCACAUGGUCCCAGACAAGGCUGAGCACCUGUUUCAACCUGCUGCUGUCAAAUCUAUAUCAAGAGCCAGCUUCUCCCUUGUCCCCAUGUCCCUGGGCUGGAGCCUGAGUCAUUUUGGUCCAUCAUUGUCUUCUCAGGGCGGAAGAGGCACCAUCUUCUCUCACACUGAGCUCUGGAGAAGGCUACAAACACUCCCACGGGUCAGUACACAUCUGUGUGGUUUCCACCCAUGGAUAGCCUGGCUGCUCUGUCCUUCCAGCAGCUUUUGAGGUCGGCCAGGAGAUUUCAUUAUCGUCAGGACAGGGACUGAGACCAAAGCUCCCUGAGGUUGGCUGACUUACAAAGGGCCAUCUCUAGUGGGUGGACCCAGGAGGCACAUGCAGCCUGCCUGCCGCCACCUCAGGCCUUCGUUCCAUUCAGGCCUCUGACGUGUCUACACAAACCGCUGCCUCAGACCAGCAGAUGAGGCAUGUGAACGGCUUCUGUUAGUCUGGCUUGGAGGAGAGGCAGUUUGAAGGUGGAAGGAGCAGUCCUCUCAGUCAGAGGGGGGAAAUGAUGUGCUUACCGUUUCAGGUGGCAAUCAUUUUUAUUUCUUAUGUGGGGAAAUGACAGUAGCUUUAAUUUGUUUCCAAAGUAUUUUGAUUUGCUUCCUUUCCUUUAAAUCAAAACAAAAUUUUUAAAGGGUCACAUGGAGCAGCCAAGCCUCUGGUAAGGACCACGGGGCUAUCUUAGGAGACUGAGGGCCGGGCAGGGCUGCGGGACAAUCACUGGGCUGCAGGACUGUCAGAUCCUGUGACCAGGGGAGAGACAGUCCCCCAGAACUCAGUCAUAGAGGGCAAACCACCAAGUAAGCCCAGAUUAAGGGCCUCCCACAGUCUCUUCUCCAGGCCACCAGGCCCAUUCUCCAGUGGUCUCUUCCUCCACGUCCCGCCCCUUUAUUUAACCACUCAGCAGACGUGCUCGCUGGUCUAACAGCUCGGCUGGGGCUCCAGCCUCAGAGGCAGCGUGUGAGUCCACACUUCCAGACACCGCUGCAUCACUGCCUCGGCUCUGCAAGUCCUCCAGGAGUCUCUUCUUUAUUUUUGUGAAAGAUUCAUUACCUGACAAUAAAUUUAAAUGAUAAACUUGAA